CCGCCCCAGCCGGGCGCUGGUACACGCGGUGCCAGGCUCGGCCAGCCCCGUGCCAGGCUCGGCCAGCCCCGUGCCAGGCUCCGGCCGCCGUCGCUGGCAGCCCGCGCGGUGCAGCUGGGCUGGGCGGCGCCUCUGCGGCAGGCACGGGCAGUGGCCACGGGGGCUGCCUUGUGCUGAUCGCGCCAGCAGCUCCGGAAAGGUUCUUGCAAGGGAAGAACCUUUCCGCCCUGAUCCGUUUUCAUUGGUGAGUCAGAGUCGGGGCAGCUUUCGGCUAAAGAUAUCUUUCAGAGAGCUCCCCAGCAGUAGCUGGAUCGGAGAAAACCUGAGACAGACGCUGCUUUUCUGUUGCUGUUGGAUUUGUUGGCUGUGUGUACCUGCUUGGUGGUGCUUGCAGCAAUAGCUUUAUGCCAGGAGACGGUGACUUCCAGGAGCUCCUCAUUACUUCCCCUAAGGAGGUUCUGUGACAGUAAUAAUAUAAUGAGGAUCAGCUUAUUUAUCUAGAGAAUUUCCUGUUUCAAUCUACUUCCUUAAAGAGAUGAAGAAAGGACCAGAAAGUGGAGCAUGUAUGCUUGCUGCUCCAGGCAAUUUAGUGGAGUCAGAUCCAGAUACUAACAGCAGCAAUGGAACCUCAGCAAGAGAGAAAGACAUGCUUCCUUCUCCCGGAGAACUGGCAGAUGUACCACUGAAAACCAGCACAGAAACAUUCAGAAAGAAACUCUGUGGCUAUUUAAAUAAGCUGGGCAUCAAGGGGCCAAUCAAGACCUGGAAGUCUCGCUGGUUCUUUUACGAUGAAAACAAAUGUCGCUUACUGUACUACAGAACUGCCCAGGACAUUAAUCCUUUGGGGUCUAUUGAUCUCUCCAGUGCCAGCUUUGACUGCAAAAUGGAAAAUGGGGAAGGAGUUUUUGAGAUCAGAACACCAAGCAGAACUUUUACUUUGAAGGCAAUCAGCAAACAGGCAAUGAUGUACUGGCUGCAGCAGCUGCAAAUGAGACGUUGGGAAUUUUGCAACACUCAGAGCAGAUUUCCUGUGGGCAGCUCCCAGCUUGUGAAUGAACCUCUGGCUGGAAGAACAAAUGUAGUUGAUAAUGAAGACUUUCUGCCUCUUGUGAAAACACCAACAGAAGCAGUGGGUUUAAAGGCAGCAUCUUUGCCUGCACCCCAAACAUCUACUGCUUUGCAGAACAUCUCCCUUAAGCACCCUUGGACAGAGAUACAAAACACUGUCUACAAUAUUUGUGGCUCCAAGCAGCUCUGGGGGAGCAACAGGAAUGUCUUUAGCUUUGAUGAAUUCCAAGAGCAUCCUGAGAAUGUGGAUGAGGAGCAAGAGGCAGAAGGUGCAGUUAAGGAAGGGACCUUGGAAGAUGGGAGGAUGGGGCCCAGGCUGAACUGGAUUAAGAAGGCCAGGUGGAUGAACAGUGGCUUCCUAGGCUCUGAAGAACUGUCAAGAGAGAAGAACUCAGUGGAUAAAGUGAGUGUCCUUCAGCAACAGAUUCUGACGCUCACAGAGGAAGUCAAGUCACAGAAGGAACUGGUCAAACUUCUCCACAAAGCUCUGGAAGCAGCCCAGCAGGAGAAGCGAAUAUCUAGCACGUAUCUCACUGCAGCAGAAGAUAAGGACAGGCUGGAGCUGGUGCGCCACAAAGUGAGACAAAUUGCAGAUCUGACAAGUCGACUGGAAGCUCUUGAACAAGAAAAGAAGGAACUGGAGCAGAUUCUGACUUUGAGAGACAGCCAUAUCCAGGAGCUCAAGGAACAUGUGCAGCUUCUGAUGGAGAAGAACCAUGCCAAACAAGAAGUCAUCAUGACCUUGACAGAACAGAUGGCCCGAGAGCUCUCUGACCCUCUGCAAGAAGCCAACACUAUCACUGUAGAGACAUUGUAUAAGCAGCAGGAGGAGAUUGAGCAUCUGAAGGAUGAUAUUGAUGCAUACAAAACCCAGAACCAGUUUCUCAAUUCUGAGAUCCACCAGGUAACUCGACUCUGGACAAGUGUUGCUGAGAAUGAAAAAGCUCUUCUAAUGAAGUGUGCUUGUCUGCAAGCAAGAAACUGCCAGAUGGAGAGCAAAUAUCUGACAGUCUUGAGAAAGCUGCAGGAGGCUGUGCCUGGCCUGCCCAACUCGCAUGCUGAAUUGGUGAAGAACCUCAUCCAGGAAGCUCUCCAGUGGGAUGUGAAGGAAGAAGCAGAAGAAGGUUUUAACUUGAACCCUGUAAGUGAGUAUGAUGAGUACGGGUUUAUGACUGUACCUGACUAUGAAAUUGAGGACUGGAAACUCCUGGCCAAAAUUCAAGCCCUUGAGAUAAAGUCCAACAAACUGCGGAGCCAGGAAGUGGUGGAAAAGCCCCUCCGUGACAGAUGGAACAGCAUUGGAGAGCUGAACCCCUGUGCAGAGCUGAAGAGUCUGAUCCGAAGUGGCAUCCCAGUGGAGCAUCGUCAGCGGGUGUGGAGGUGGAUGGUCAGCCGGCACUGCAGCCCAGUGCCUGGCCACUACCAGUGGCUGCUGGAGCAGAGCAGGAGCACCGAGCACCCGGCCUGCCGGCAGAUUGAGCUUGACCUGCCCCGCACACUGACCAACAACAAGCAUUUCUCCUCUCCCACCUCCCAGCUCAUCCCCAGGCUCCGGAGGGUGUUAUUGGCGUUCUCCUGGCACAAUCCUGCCAUUGGAUACUGCCAGGGAUUGAACAGAUUGGCAGCUGUUGCUCUUCUGGUCCUUGAAGAUGAGGAAAGUGCUUUCUGGUGUCUAGUCUAUAUUGUGGAGAACCUAAUGCCAGCAGACUACUACAGUGACACACUAAUAACAUCACAGGUAGAUCAGAGAGUCUUCAAAGACUUCCUGUCCGAGAAGCUGCCUCGCCUCAUGGCUCAUUUUGAACAGUAUCGGAUUGAUGUCUCCCUCAUCACCUUCAACUGGUUUCUGGUGGCCUUUGUGGACAGCUUGGUCAGCGACAUCCUCCUGCGAGUGUGGGAUGCCUUCUUGUAUGAGGGAACUAAGGUAAUUUUCCGCUAUGCUCUUGCGAUUUUUAAGUACAAUGAGGAGGAAAUCCUAAGAAUUCAUGACAGUGUGGAGAUCUACCAGUACCUACGCUUUUUCACAAGGAUGAUCACGGAUGGCAGGAAGCUGAUGAACAUUGCCUUCAAUGACUUAAACCCUUUCCCCAUGAAACUGCUGAGGAACCGUCGGUCAAUGCACAGAGAAGAGCUGGAGGCAGAGCUGUGUGAACUUGAACAGAUCAAGGCAGCCUAUGUGAAAGAGAGAGCAGAGCAGGGACCUCAGGACCUGGAGGAGGUUGUUAGUGAAGAAGAAGAAGAAGAAGAAGAGAGCUAACAAAAAGAGAGUUUGUCAUCACUUCCCUCCCAUAUUGCAGAAGGUCAUCAAUAGCAACUGUCAGUAAGAAAUGGACCAGAGGGGGAAGUGUGGUCACAGGAGUUCAUCUGCCCCAAUAAGCAAGGCUGUAGUUAUGGGACCAUUUGGAGUCAGAUUUAUAAUGGAUUGGAAGGUGUCAGAGGAGUUUAAUCCUCUUCUGUAUUUCUUCCCAUUUAGCCCAUCCUGUCCUGUGCAGUUCAGGAUUACAGCUGAGGGUGCAGAAGAAAUAUCAGUUGUGGUGUCAUGACAGGAACUGACAUGAUGCAAAAGACCAAGCAGGGCUUUUAUACAUUUUGUGAUAUAGGCUUGAAUGAGAUCUUUACCUACAAGUAAAAUCUCCAGAGAUAACGAACCAAGAACACUCCCUUGUUACCUAAAGCUUCUGAACUGGUCAGGAAAAAGACUUCUCUUAGAGGGUGCCUUCAGCAGCUAGCUGCUAGGAGAGUGUUUUUAACAUUGUUACUGAUCAAGACACAGUCUCCAGAUAAGUUUAGGUCUGUGAAGGCUCUGAAAGCUGGAGGACAUCAUCCCAUGGGAUGCAGGCUGGGACAAGGAAACAAAUUGUGAGAGUAGAGUUGCUUCUGCAGUUCGGUUCCUGUAGGAAGUUCAUGGGAGGACAAGGUGUGUCUCCUGCUUGGCUGGGAAAUGUUGUGAGCUUUCUAUCCUCAUGUUUAGCUUACAGGCCCUGGCAUCACUCUGUGCUGGUGAGUUUGCCCUAUGGAGGAACUCUAAUCUCUGCAUGAAACCAGCCUUCCUGCAGGCACAGCCUAGUGUUAUGUGGACUUUUAAUGGGGACAGCUGGAUUUUCUGAUAGCCUCAUUCCUGGCCAUCUCUCUGCCCCACAAUUACAGUCCUCCUGUGCUGGGUUUUUACAUUGAUAUCCCUCUCUCUGACUUUCAUUCAUUAUGGGAGGAACAAGGGCUUUUUCAUAGGAGUUUAUGAUAUUGGAGGUGUUUUGUCCAUGGCAUAUGGCUGGUAGUGAACCUGAAAACCCUGGAAACAAGGUCAAAAAAGAUGACUUGAUAUUCUUUAGAAAAAACCAUUAAUGUCCCCUGAACCAAGGAGCUGGGCUCCAUAGGUCUAGCACACAGAGAUGCCCUCUCUGCUUCAGGGAAUGGGGUCUGAUAGCCUUCUGCCCUGCCUCACAGGCUCACCCAUCCCCUGGGCUAGAUACCCUGCCUGUGCAGCUCAGCCCUCCACAGACCCAGGAUGAGUCAAGUAUUUAGAUAAAUACAACUUCUUUUCCUUAACAUGAUGGCAGAUCCUGCUGCCCCACUUUUCUGCUAAGUGGUGUAUUACUCCAGGUGUGCCUGCAGUGCUGGCACUGACAGCAUGCAGCAGACCCUGCUAUAAGGGGGGUCUGCUCUGUUUUUAUAAUGACCUUGAACCCAAGUGGCUUAUGCCUUCUUUAAAUAUCUGGUGGGGUUGAUAACCCAACCCUUCAAGUUGUGAGUGCUUGUAGAGGAAGGAAGGGGAGGAAUUCGUAGCCCACAAUGUUCUCAGUCCUGUGGACUGUAGCCAAGAUGACAGACUCUAGGGGAAACAUUGCCUGUUCACCUGAGACACGCGGUCUGCCUCACUGGACAAGUCCGCCAGUUUCAAUGCAUCAUAGAAGACUGAGAUGGGAGAGAGCUAUGGAGGCUAACCACACAGCAUAGGAGUAAUCAAAGUGGAAGUGAAGUUUCGGGAAGACUGGAUAGAUCCUCUAAAGGUCACCGAGAGCUGCACACAUUAAAAACAUGGGAUGAGAAGAAAAUGUUACUGGAAGCCUACUACAGCAUCUCAAAAAAAAAUGAGCUCAUUGUACAAGUAUGCCAUGUAGAUAGGGAAGUCUAAAAGACAGAAGGUUUUUCUUCACAGAUGAUAUUGCUAAUCUAAUUUAUUUGACUUAUUUAUACUCUUAUGUUCACGAGUGCACACAGAAUUUUGCUGUUGUUACAGACAUUAUCUUCUAAAUCAAGACUAUGAAAAUUAGAAGUUUACUUAAAAUUUUGUUUCCUAGAGCUUUCUGCAAGAGCUUAAAAAUCCUUCCUCCUGACUUACCCUUAUGUUAAUAAUAAAGACAUUUGAAACAUGUAUUAUUAGACUAAACCACAGCCUGACAUAUGUACAGUAUAUAAUAAACAUUGGUCUAUGUGAUACAUAAACUUUUUUGACAUAGACAUAAGGAUCAAGGUAUUGAUCCUGAUGGGGAAUUCUGAAAAUAAUUUUUAAAUUAAAUUGGAAGGGAAGGCA